UGCUCCCUGCCCUCCUGGCCAGCCAGGGCAGCAAGGACGGCACCAAGGGAGUUGCCCCAUGGACAGAGCCCCACAGAGACACCACCGAGCCUCGCAGGAGCUGCUGGCUGCAAAGAAGACCCACACCUCUGCCAGCUGCGCCCCAUCCCUGGACCACCCCUGCUGAGAAGGACAGAGCGCCCAGGCAGCAAAGCCCACGACUCAGUCAUGAGAACACAAAUCGAAGUGAUCCCUUGCAAAAUCUGUGGGGACAAGUCAUCUGGGAUCCAUUACGGGGUAAUCACCUGUGAGGGGUGCAAGGGUUUCUUCCGCCGGAGCCAGCAAUGUAACGUGGCCUACUCCUGCACCCGUCAGCAGAACUGCCCCAUCGACCGCACCAGCCGAAACCGGUGCCAGCACUGCCGCCUGCAGAAAUGCUUGGCGCUGGGCAUGUCCCGAGAUGCUGUCAAGUUCGGCCGCAUGUCCAAGAAGCAGAGGGACAGCCUGCAUGCUGAGGUGCAGAAACAGCUGCAGCGGCGGCAGCAGGAGCAACGGGAACAAGCCGUCAGGACCCCUCCUGCGGGGGCCCAGGGAGCAGACCCCCUUGCCUGCACCUUGGGGCUCCCGGAUGGGCAGCUGCCCCUGGGCUCCUCACCUGACCUGCCCGAGGCCUCGGCCUGUCCCCCUGGCCUCCUGAGAGCUCCAGCCUGUGGGCCCUCCUACUCCAACAGCUUGGCCAAGGCCGGGCUCAACGGGGCCUCGUACCACCUACAAUACAGCCCUGAGCGGGUCAAGGCUGAGGGCGGAGAGGACUUCCUUGGCACCAGCAGCCAGCGGGCCCCUGACAGGUGUGGACUCCAUUUUGCGGACCCCAGGCAUCCUGGGCUUGGGGAACCAGGACGGGGUCCGGACAGCUACUGCAGCCCCAGUUUCUGCAGCACCCCAGAGGCACCCUAUGCCUCCCUGACAGAGAUGGAGCACCUGGUGCAGAACGUUUGUAAGUCCUACCGAGAGACGUGUCAACUGCGGCUGGAGGACCUGCUACGGCAGCGCUCCAACAUCUUCUCGCGAGAGGAGGUGGCCGGCUACCAGAGGAAGUCAAUGUGGGAGAUGUGGGAACGCUGUGCCCACCGCCUCACCGAGGCCAUUCAGUACGUGGUGGAGUUCGCUAAGAGGCUCUCAGGUUUUAUGGAGCUCUGCCAGAACGACCAGAUCGUGCUACUCAAAGCAGGAGCAAUGGAAGUGGUGCUGGUCAGGAUGUGCCGGGCCUACAACGCUGACAACCACACAGUCUUUUUUGAAGGCAAAUACGGUGGCGUGGAGCUGUUCCGAGCCUUGGGCUGCAGCGAGCUUGUCAGCUCCAUCUUUGACUUCUCCCACUCCCUGAGCGCCCUGCGCUUUUCCGAGGACGAGAUUGCCCUCUACACAGCCCUCAUCCUCGUCAGUGCCAACCGGCCAGGGCUCCAAGAGAAAAGGAAAGUAGAGCAGCUGCAGUACAAUCUGGAGCUGGCCUUUCAUCACCAUCUCUGCAAGACUCAUCGCCAAGCCAUCCUGGCAAAGCUGCCACCCAAGGGGAAGCUUCGGAGCCUGUGUAGCCAGCACAUGGAAAAGCUGCAAACCUUCCAGCAUCUCCACCCCAUCGUGGUCCAAGCUGCUUUCCCUCCACUCUACAAAGAACUCUUCAGCACUGAAGUCGAGUCACCUGAGGGGCUGUCCAAGUGACCUGGAGGAGAAACUCCCUUCCCUUCCCUGGAACCUGCUGGCUCACCUCCCUGGACCCCCUCCCACUCUCAGCCUUUUCCUUUCCUUGCCCCCUGGAGGGUGGUCCCUGCCUGUUGUGGGAGGAGGGGCAGGGGCAGGGUGAGCAAAUGCUGAGACUGAUUUUCUGCCUGCAGGCCUGCCUGGCAGCAGGCCAAGGGCCAGAGGGUGGGGAUGGAGGAACAUAGUCUCCAGCCGCAGCUCUGUCCUGGCCCCUUUCUCAGCCCCAUCACCCGCAACUUCUGGGAGGCCUGGGGUGGGAUACAAGGACUUCCAGAAGGACGUAGGUGUCCUCAGGACAGCAGGGGUAUCCAGGGCAUCCUGGACAAAUGGAAGUCAACUGUGGGCUCAGAAGCUACAAAUAGGCCUUUGAAGUACCUCAUUGCAUUUCCCGGGGGCUUUGGCUGGGGCAAUGCAUGAAGCUCAGAGACUGGCGCCAGAGCCCAGAAGCACCUGCGUAGAACUUGAAUCUAAGUCUUCAGAUUUUCUGUCUUCCCCCUUCCUCCCAGCUCAGCAAGGAAAUGGUUGGGCACCCUGGGGUCUAGAAAAAACUGAAUAUGUGGUGGGUAAGGAUGGGACAGGAUUAAGAGGCUGGGGCUAACAUUUUUACGGGAUUUGGGUAUAGGGAUGGGUAUGAUGAAGUCCAUGAGGCAGACAAGAGACAGAGAGUGUUAGAACUCAAACCUCUUACGUGCACUUUAAAAACGGACUUCAGUGGUUACGCAGACCUGAUCACACGUCCACAUACACGUGAAACACAUACAUAACCUGCAGUCAUGAAGCUCAGUAGACACAUUUAAUCUGACACAAUCUCUGCCUUCCUUGAGAUCACAGCUCAGAGGAACUUAGUGGCCUCAAGGAAGUCCCAAUCCUGAGGGACCCCAGAAUAUUUCAAUGGUGUCCCAGUUCACCAAUCUUAGACCUGGGGUGGCGCAAACUCUAUCCCAGCCCCCGCUGUCUUCUGUCACAAGAAACCCCAAGAGAAGCAGAGAUGGCUGGACGCAGGUCAGUCAGGAGGCCAAGGACAGACCCUCGGAGGACUGUGGGCCCCCUCCCCCGAGCCCUGCUCUUCUCGUGGGGGAAGGAAGCAGACACAGUUCCACCACUCUGUGCCUGUGUGCCCCCACCUCCAGGAGAAGGAGGCCUGUUUCUCCAGCCGUGAUCUUGCCCAAGCGCUCUCUCGGCUUUAUAAAAGUAGCUGUGAGCCCUCCUCAGAGGGAUAAACAGCAGGUGGUAGGGAUGGUUGGCUUUUUUUUUUCCCCUCUUAGGGUAGGGUAAACAGAACCCCAACCUGUGCAGUUCUUUAUAAAAUGACUUCAAAGGCAA